AUGGAGGUCCCAGAGUUCAGCAUCCUUACGCCUAAUGCCAUGCUUGGCUAUGGGUACAAUGUCGAGCAUUUCUGGUAUGGCAUACAAAAGUUCAAGCCUGCAGCGAUCAUCGUCGACAGUGGGUCAACAGAUGGGGGCCCUUACAAGCUCGGAAUGAAUAAGAUGACCUGUGGACGGGGCUCUUAUAUUCGUGACCUCGAGCCUAUCCUGACAGCCUGCUUCCAUCAUAAGAUCAAGGUCUUGAUUGGAUCAGUAGGUGGAGAUGGCAGCAACAAACAUGUCCAGGAAAUGUUCGACAUUGUUUCCUCAGUAUCAGAACGUCUCGGAUUCAGCUUCAAGGUCGCCACUAUCAACGCUGGUAUGGACCGAAACUUGGUUAAAUCCAGAAUCCAAAAUUACAAAGUCAGUCCAUGUGGACCUGUGGAGGAGCUAGUUCCAGACGUUGUUGAUGGUGCUGUUGAUAUUGUUGCACAGGUGGGCAUAUCUAAUGGCGUUGCUUGGCACAUGGGCAAAAUCAUGGAGUGCGGUGGCAUCUGCGCCAUUCCCAAGGGUCGCUCUAUGAUUGCCACCAUGCGCUACGAUUCUUUCGACUUGACUCCAUUAGCACCCGAGGAGAGAUGCACGCCUCUUUCUGUUGCAGCACAUACCUUGUACGAAAAGACACGACCAGACCGUCUACCUGGCCCAGGUGGUGUUCUCAGCCUUGACAAUGCAAAGUAUGAGCAGAUAACUGACAAGACGACACGUGUAUCUGGUGCUCAAUUCUUGGAGACACCAUACCAGGUGAAGCUUGAGGGCGUUACCUUCUUGGGAUAUCGAACUAUCUUUAUUGGCGGUAUCAGAGAUCCAAUUCUUAUCAGCCAGAUCGAUGAUUUCCUUGAGCGUGUGCGAAAGUACACCCAAAGCUUAUUUCCCGAGUUAGACCAGUCAGACAGCUGCCGCCUCAUCUAUCACGUCUAUGGCAAGAACGGUGUCAUGGGCCCAUUGGAGACACAGGCUGUUAGAAGCCCUCACGAGAUCGCUGUUCUAGGCGAAGUCGUUGCUCCGACGCAGGACAUGGCUUAUACCAUUGCCAACAAUGCACGAGCUUCUAUCCUCCACUUCUCAUACCCUGGCCAGAUUGCCACAACCGGUAAUUUUGCUAGCCCAUUGUCACCUCAUGAGCAAGAUGCCGGUGCUGUUUUCAAGUUCAGCGUGUACCACCUUGUCGACCUUGAAGCUGGCGAGUCGUCUUCACUCUUUCCCGUUGCAUUCAGGGAUAUCAACUCCACUGCCAGUCCAGCACCUGUGGCUUCAGUUUCUCGAGAGCGCUUGGAGGCUCUGGAGAACGGUCCUCUCGCACCGAUCGAGAAGAAGCAAGUUCCGUCCAGAAAAGCAAAGAUGCAAGAGCUCGCUCGUAUCAUCCGUUCCAAGAACUCAGGCCCAUUCGAGAUGACGUUCGAUAUCAUGUUCGACGACGAGGCUGUCUACAGGAGAGUCAGGGAUGCCAAUGUCCUCACCAACGCUGUGAUCCAGUCUCUGUACCACGUGGAAAACAGCGAGAUCUUGACCAACAUGUUUUUUGAACCUGCUCUUGCCUGGAAGUGCACCAUCAAGAGACCUUGGGCUCAAGGCAGUGUCGGCGAGAGAGAUACUCUGGGAACACAACAACACGCGCUGCUUUUGGGAAUCGAGGUCCCUGAGGCCAGCACAACAGAGGCUGCCACUAAUGGUACUCACAGUGACGCGGCUCACGUGAAUGGUGUCAAUGCUGCCAAUUCUAGCUUCGAUCGAUCCAGCUUCCUCUCUCGCGAUGUCGUAAACGAGAUCUGGAAUGGUCUUUCGCUCCCCCCAAACGCCCUGAAGUCCCUGAAACUUCCUGGUGAUGAUGGCAAGCCAGCUCUCCCUUCCUCCUACAAGAUCGGAACUCUGGCACAAGGCACCAUUGCUCUGUCUGGGCUCCUGGCGGCUCUCAUCCAUUCUCUGCGAAACCAAGGUCCUGUGCCAAAGGUAACCGUGCCUCAAAAGCACUCUGUCAUUGAAUUCAAGUCUGAACGGCUUUACAUCCUUGACGGAGAGCCUGCUCCAUCUCCCUGGGGACCCAUUGGAGGUCUACACAAGACCUCAGAUGGACACGUCCGUAUCCAUGACUCGUUUCCUAACCAUAGAUAUGGAGCUUUGGAGCUAUUGGGUCUUCCAGUGACUGCAAGCCGCAUCGAUGUGACCAAGAAGACACAAGACUGGGCGAGCAUCGAUCUCGAGUCUGUCGGUUUAGAGCAUCGCUUGGCGAUUUAUGCUCUGCGCUCAUAUCGCCAAUGGGACAUGUUGCCUCAAUCCAAGGUAAUUGACGAUUUCCCCAUUUCUCUAACGAGAAUUGCUUCAGGCCCAGCUGGACUAUCUCCUCAUCUUACACCAGGCAACGACAAGUGUCUUCGAGGUCUGCGAGUCGUUGAGAUGAGCCGAGUCAUCGCUGCACCCUUGGCCGGCAAGACCUUGGCUGCCCAUGGCGCUGAUGUCAUCUGGAUAACAUGUCCUGGACUCCCUGAUCUGCCUACUAUGGACCGCGAUCUUGGCCGAGGGAAGCGCACUGUUCACAUAGACGUCAACAACGUUGAGGAUCGUCAAAAGUUGAGAGAGCUUAUCAAGUCGUGUGAUGUAUUUAUCCAGGGCUUCCGUCCUGGCAGUCUUGCCGCCAAGGGAUUCGGUCCGGAGGAGAUUGUAGGUCUUAACCCAGGCAUCGUCUAUGGUUGUAUGUCUGCGUUCGGUCCCAAGGGACCUUGGUCUGAGAGACGCGGUUAUGAUUCUCUUAUCCAGACAUGCUCGGGUAUGAACAUUUCAGAGGCUGAGCAUUACGGCGCCGGCGAAGUGGCUCGCCCGACACCGUGUCAAGCAUUGGACCACGCCGGUGGUUAUUUACUGGCUUCUGGUAUUAUGGCAGCUUUGUAUCGACGAUCCGUUCAAGGAGGGUCGUAUCGCGUUGACGUGUCACUGGCUGGUACCAUGAAAUAUCUCCGCAGCAUGGGUCAAUAUCCCGGCAAGUCCGGGUUCGAGAUCGGCGAUUAUGAGAAGCCUUCUGAUGUGAAGGAGUAUUUGGAAACCCGUCAAACGGGAUUUGGCGAAUUGAGGGCCGUUCGGCACAGUGUAAGUGUGGAUGGUGCUGAGCCUUCUUGGGAUGUGAUGCCAAACCCACUGGGAAGCGACGAAGCUCGAUGGCUGUAA